GAACCGUAAUCACUAGACAAUGAAUAUAUAAACGAGCAAUGGAGUGUGUGCCUCAGUCUGGAGUGGAUCGCGAACUCGGCAACAUGAGGACGAGCACCGUGCUCCUGCUGUGCCUGGGCCUGGGGGCGGCCCUCGCCCUGCCCGUCGACAACGCCCAACCCGAGAAGGAGGAGGCCGUCGCGACCCCCGCCGUCGUGAAGGAGGAGGCCCUCGCCGAGGCCGCCAAGGAGGUCAUCGAGGAGGCCGUCAAGGACGUCGCCAAGGACUCCGACGAGGAGCCCUCGGACCACACGCACACGCACACACACGCCGUGGAGGAGGAGAGCCAGAGCAAGCUGGCUGCCAUCCUGAUGCCGGAUCGUGCCAAGCGAUCGCCCACCUUCAAGGGCAAGUACGGCGGCUACGGCGGCUACGGAGGCUACGGCGGCGGCGGCGGCGGCUGCUGCAACCCCUGCGGCCAGUGCGGCGGCGGCGGCGGCUACCCCCAAGGCGGCUACUACCCUCAAGGCGGCGGCGGUGGGCAGUCUUACUCCCAGAGCUCCUCGCAGAGCUCCUCGCAGUCGUCCAGCUCCAGUGGUGGCUACGGCAAAAAGUGAUCAAACUAGUGACUUAGUGGUGUCGGCAUAUCAGUGACCAAGACGAUAGUGACUACGCAGUGAAUACGGACCGAGACGGACGGACCCACCAGCUGAUCAACAAACGAAAAGUGACAUCUUUCCGAAAAGAAGUGACAGAUUUUCGGCAAGUGGACACCUCCACGUCGAUACUACUACUGUACCUGUAUUCUCGACUCAUCUGGAAUCUCGUGAAAGUGACAGAAAUUUUUAUUGUGUUGACUUCUUCCGGAUGCCGAUUGGAUGACGAUGACUCAAAUGUGAUAAAUGUGUAUUGGAUCUAUGUUUCAAUAAACAAUAACUUAUUAAUA